CCCGCCUUACUCGCUGCGGCCGGGGAGUGGGAGACGGGCGGUCGGGUGCCUCCGGCUUUGCGGUGCCCUCUGCCCAGCCCAGCCCAGCCCAGCCCAGCUUCGGGCAGUAUGUGGCUGAGCCCCGAGGAGGUGCUGCUGGCCAACGCGCUCUGGGUGACAGAGCGGGCAAACCCUUUCUUCGUGCUGCAGCGGCGGAAGGGUCACGGCCGUGGCGGAGGACUGACCGGGCUGCUGGUGGGCACGCUGGAUGUUGUUUUGGACUCGAGUGCACGUGUCGCUCCGUAUAGAAUUCUCCAUCAGACUCAGGACUCCCAGGUGUACUGGAACAUUGCAUGUGGUACCUCGAGGAAGGAGAUCACAGGACACUGGGAAUGGCUGGAGCUCAAUCUCCUGCAGACGCUAUCGGUCUUUGAGAAUGAAGAUGACGUGACGACCUUUGUCAAGGGGAAAGUUCAGGGUAUCCUCGCUGAGGAAAACAAAAACAAAGAGGCGAAGGAGGACGAGGAUUCCGGAAAGUUCAAGGAGGCGGAACUGAAAAUGCGGAAGCUGUUCGGAAUGCCAGAGGUGGAGAAGUUGGUGAACUACUACUCAUGUAGUUAUUGGAAAGGCAGAGUACCCCGUCAGGGAUGGAUUUACCUCAGUGUCAAUCACCUUUGCUUCUACUCCUUUCUGCUGGGAAAGGAAGUGAAGUUGGUAAUCCGCUGGGUUGAUGUGACCCAGCUGGAAAAGAAUGCCACCCUUCUCUUCCCUGAAUGCAUCAAGGUGAGCACUAGAGACCGGGAACAUUACCUCUCCAUGUUCCUCAACAUCAAUGAGACCUUCAAGCUAAUGGAGCAACUGGCCAACAUAGCUAUGAGGCAACUGCUAGACAAUGAGGGCUUCUCCGAAGACAAGUGUCUGCCCAAGCUCAAGAAGUCGCUCAAAAAUGUCUCGAUGCUUAAACGGGACCUAGAUGCUCGGGCCAAGAGUGAACGAUAUAGAUCCAUGUUUCAGCUCCCAAAAGAUGAGAGAUUAGAUGGUCACACAGAAUGCACUCUCUGGACUCCCUUCAAUAAAAUGCACAUCAUGGGACAGAUGUUCGUCUCCAACAAUUAUAUCUGCUUUGCAAGUAAAGAGGAGGAUGUCUGCAAUCUAAUUAUACCGCUACGUGAGGUGACUAUUGUGGAGAAAGCAGAUAGCUCCAGUGUUUUACCCAGUCCUUUGUCCAUCAGUACCAAGAACAAAAUGACUUUCCUUUUUGCUAACCUAAAGGACAGGGAUUUUCUGGUGCAGAGAAUCUCUGACUUCCUACAACGAACACCAUCGAGGCGACGUUCCAUCAAGGAAGAGCUGCAAAACUCCAAAUGUACAGAGAAUGAGGUCGUCCCGGAGCAGCGCAAAGUGUCCUCACCCAGUCCCUCCACACCAAGUCCAGGGGUCAUCUUGGACAACACCGAAGCCGCACCCACCACCACCCAUGCGCUAAUGACCAUCUUCCGAAAAGAGCCAUCAGAGGAACUCAGUCCGAAGAUGGCUAAGGAGAAGAUGAAAGAGGAAUCCUGGAACAUUCACUUCUUUGAAUUUGGCCGUGGGGUUUGUAUGUAUCGCACAUCAAAAACUCGUGAUCUAGUGCUGAAGGGGAUGCCGGAGUCUCUGAGGGGAGAGCUGUGGCUGCUAUUCUCAGGUGCUCUGAAUGAGAUGGUGACACACCCAGGGUACUAUUCGGAACUGGUGCAGGAGUCUAUGGGCAAGUAUAACCUGGCGACUGAGGAGAUUGAGAGGGAUCUGCACCGCUCGAUGCCUGAACACCCAGCCUUUCAGAACGAGAUGGGCAUUGCUGCCCUGCGGAGGGUGCUCACAGCCUAUGCAUUCCGCAACCCCAACAUUGGGUACUGUCAGGCCAUGAAUAUUGUCACCUCUGUCCUGUUGCUGUACUGCAAUGAGGAGGAAGCGUUCUGGCUCCUGACUGCUCUGUGUGAGAGAAUGCUGCCUGAUUACUACAACACCAGGGUAGUUGGUGCACUGGUGGAUCAAGGUGUGUUUGAAGAUCUGACACGGGAGCACCUUCCCCUCCUCUACGAGUGGAUGCAGGAGCUGGGUGUCAUCAGCACCAUCUCUCUCUCCUGGUUCCUGACGCUGUUCCUCAGCGUUAUGCCAUUUGAAAGCGCCGUGGUAGUGGUUGACUGCUUUUUCUAUGAGGGCAUCAAAGUUAUCUUCCAGGUGUCUCUUGCUGUAUUGGAGGCCAACAUGGAGAAGCUGCUGAAUUGUUCUGACGAGGGAGAAGCCAUGACCAUUCUUGGCAGAUACCUGGACAAUGUUUGCAACAAGCAGUGUACAUCACAGCCAAUCCCACAUCUACAUGCUUUGCUCACCAGUAGUGAUGACCUUCCACAACAAAUAGACAUCUUUGAACUGAUUAAAUCAUCGUAUGAGAAAUUUGGGUCAAUCAGAGCGGAUGUGAUUGAGCAGAUGCGAUUCAAACAGCGACUGAAGGUCAUACAGACACUGGAGGACACAGCCAAGCGGAGCGUGGUGCGUGCUAUCCUGACGGAAACUGCCUUCAGUAUCGAGGAACUGGAGGAGCUUUAUUUACUGUUCAAGGCCAAACACUUGAUGAGCUGUUACUGGGGUGGGAGCAGCAGUGCAGCAGAGAGACAUGAUCUCAGCCAGCCUUACCUGGAGCAGUAUCGCAUUGAUUCAGAGCAGUUCAAGGAGCUGUUUGUGGUGCUAUCACCAUGGACCUGUGGACCACAUUCUCAGGUCCUCGCUGGGCGCAUCUUCCGCCUCUUGGAUCAAAACAGGGACUCGCUUAUCAGCUUUAAGGAAUUUGUCACCGGGCUGAGCGGAAUGUACCAUGGGGAUCUUGUGGAGAAGCUGAAACUGUUGUACAGAUUGCACCUGCCACCAGCUCUUUGGCCAGAGGAGGAACCAGCGCUGGAAGCUGCUCAAUACUUCACUGAAGACCCCUUGGCUGAUGUGUCUCAUGCGACAUACCUUUUGUCAGACAUGGAUUUCCUCCUCAGCCAUGGGGCAUCAGGUGCGGCUGCAGGAGCGGAGGUGACUGGACAACAGAUGCAAGGUGGGACUGGAAAUGGGAACAUAAAACAAAAUAAAGAUGAGAAGACUGGUUCACAAGAUUACAAAUAUCACCUGAGGCUAUGGGCUCAUGAGAAAGAAGACCCAAAGGACGUCAAAGAGUUGACCAAAAUGAACCAGGAACAGUUUAUAGAGAUGUGUAAGACCCUGUACAACAUGUUCAGUGAGGACCCAGCUGAGGGAGAGCUGUACCACGCCAUAGCAACCGUUGCCACGCUGCUGCUCCAGAUCGGAGAAGUCGGCAAACAGUUCUCCAGCCCAGUGUCUAGGAGGGCAAACGACAUGGGGGAUCACAAGGGCUUAGGCAUCCAGGGUAAGGAGGGGGUCUCUGCCCUGGAAGAGGCAACGGUCGAAGUAGCUCGGACCAAACUCAAAGCAGACUGUGAGUCGGAUGUAUUGAGUGACACCUUGAAGAUCCAGAUGGAACGCAUGGAGCUAGCCGGGUGUGUAGCUACAAAGAGGGAGGCCUCGGCAGCACAGUUGCUAACUGACGAGGAGGUGAGGGAUGACACUUCAAUGUCCUCUUACUCCAUGGUGAGCUCUGGUUCCCUCCUGUGUGAAGACAUCUCCGAGGACACAGUCCUGGUUGGCUGUGAGCAGGCAGCGGCAGUCCAGGGGCGGCCCAGUGCCAUUGACAUGGAUUGGUCCAUCUCCUUCGAGCAGAUUCUGGCCUCCGUGCUGACCGAACCGGCCCUUGUCGGAUUCUUCGAGAAGCGGGUGGACGUGGGUCCCAAGAUUGCAAAGUGCAAGAGUCAAAGGGCAAUGGAGCAACAGGUCAGCUCGUCCAGUGACCAGGAACUUUCGCCAACGUCCAGCUGACUCAAAGCUACCCCCAACCCGUGAACUGACACGGAGAGGAACUUAGUAUUGACGUUGCUGUCCUACCUGGACCAUGCUUUAUCAACCAGUGUAACUACCAUGUGCUGGAAGCUUGUAUUCUGUCCAGGGAGAGAUUUCACAGCCGUGAUCUUGAUUGGUUUCCAGUGGCCUGUAAGUAAAUCUCUCCCUUUCCAAGUCAGAGUGCAAGUCCUACUGAAGCUAGAGAUUCAGCCAUUGAUGAAACUUAUGGAUCAAGCUGUUUUCUGUCUUCAUUGCGGCCCCUGUAUGUUCAUCUACCUUACAGCAAAUAUUCUCAAGCACACCUUAACCCAGAAUAGAAGCAAAGGCAAGUCACUGGCACAGGCUCAGUUUUCUUAUUCUUUUUAAAGUCAACGUGUUGUAUCUAUAAGCAACAGGAACUGAAUAUAGAAUCAAAACUGAAUAUAGAAUCAAAAGAGAAUCUGUUCUAUUACUAUGGUUAUAUUAUUUGCCCACGUAUAGCCACACUGAAAGAUUGCUUGCUUCUAAUGGCUUGUAGAGCAGACUUUAGUUAUAAACAUUAUUUGUGCCUAAAUCUGUUGCACGUUUGAAAUAACCUCUUAAGUGACAAAAACUAAUAAGUUGCCUUCCAGUAGUCAGAGGUCAGGAACCUGUGCGCACAUACAUUUCAUGGACAGAGUGAAUUACUCUGGAUGAACCUGGGAUGGAAACAAAAGGGAAGGUUGAAUGAUCUGAGUUUUAACACUGAACAAAGCUGUGAAGAAGUAACCGGAGCAGUAUUUUGUAAAGGGUCAGGUCGGUGGGGACAUGGAAUUUGAGUCUUAAAUUUUUCAGUAUUUACAGGUUGGGAGUCCAGCAUUAAUUAAAUGAAGUCAGAUUCAAGAUCUCCCAGCACUUUUCAUUCAAACAUUAUGGAUCAGAAAGGGUGAAACUUCAAAUCAAAAGCAAAAUAAUUUCAGAAUAAAUAUUUGUUAAUUUUGACCCCAUAGGUUUUUAUUGUAAUUAAUUAUGCGUCAGAGAGGGGUUAACACAAGAUGGGUAAGUAAUAUUUUACUUUUUAUCAGGUUUAAUUUAUUUGGGAUAGUCUAGAAUUUUAUUGAGAAAUGUAAGAUUUGGAAUCCGCACCUGGUGAAAUGAGCAUUGACUGUUAAAGAUGAAAGGGAAAGAUGUUUACUAGAGUUCUUCCAGUUAAGUUUUAAACACCGCUUUGUUUAAGUGAGAAUAAGCAAGCACCAUACACGCACGAGGUGCUGGGGACAGCAAGGAGAGUGGAACAUUAGAGCCAUGUCCUGAGCUGAAGACACUGAGGCCAGUUUUAUCCCUGAUCUGUGUAUCUCUUGCUUUUCUAUACAUUGUUAUUCAGUAACUUAUAGGCUCUACCCUGCUUAACUGUACUUGAAGCAUCUGUCCACUGGGAGUUCAUUGGUUUCUAGUCCUACAAUGACAUAGGGAGAACCCUUGGCUCCAUCAUGCCUGUACUGACUCUCUUCUUGAGACUUUAUCAAGAACUAAUGAUUCAUAUAUUCAGAAAUGUAUAUUUGGGAGCUGGUCUGUUUUGGAUGACCUUCCUGAACAGUGCCCCGUUCUAAAUUAUUCUCUGAUUAAAUUAGCUUCCUUUCUUCGUGCCAUAUCUACCCUUGAAAGUUGAUUCACCGUAGGGCGGCAGCUGUCAGUCAUUCUGCAAUUCCAGCAUAUGUACUCUUAAGGGACUAUAAAGGGAUGGAUAUAAAACUGGAACUGCUUCCUGUUUCUAUUUCACGCCCUAUGAAAACAGUAUUAUAGCAUUGUCUGAGCACACAAAAUGCUGAAAAUGCAUGUGACCGUUCUUCAUCAUCUGUGAAGAUGGGCUCUUUUUUCUUAAAAAGUUUAAGUGAGAAUAAGCAGGUACCAUACUAGCAUGAGGUGCUGGGGACAGCAAGAAAUGUGCAACAUUAAAGGCACUUAAAAAGGUAGUCACUUUCGUAUAAUGAAAACAUAGGUUCCCCACUUUCCAAUUUCUUAUUCUCAUUUUCCAAAUUGUGUAGCUCGUGUUAACAUGGGGUUCUCUGCUUGGGAGACUUAUUUCAGAAUAUAGAACUGCCUGUACCACCUUUGCUAUUUUGAUUGUGCACUUGCUUCAACAGUAUUUGGAUUGGGGUUUCCAAAGCCCCAUCUUUCAUUCACUGAGCAUCUCCGCUUGCCUUUCAAAUGGGUUAGUCCACUGACUCCCUUGCAAUCAAAGUAGCAGUUGAGAGAUUUUUUUUAUUUUCAAAUACUUCUUUGCACUUUAAUAUAAAACACUACGAUUACGUCAAUAUUUUAAAUGUUUAUGUUGUCAAGUACAGUAUCCACCUCUUAAUUGUAUUUUACUACAUAUCCCACUGUGUGCAAUAUAUGAAUAAGGAUUUCAAGAGUGUGGGGGGGGCAAAAGGUUCACAACAUGUUUUGGUUUUUGCAUUUUGUGAAUUUUCAAAACCAGUUAAGUAUGGUUUUUUACAAAGUACUUUAGUCAGGUAGUCAUUUUAAUAAAAUAGCACAAAGAAUUGUUGAUGCUGGAGACCUGAAAUAAACAAAAACAUACAUUGCUGGAGAAGCUCAGCAAGUCUGGCAGCAGCUGAGGAGAGAAAACAGCAUUAAUGUUGAGAGU